CACUAUAAAAGCAAGGAAACUAAAAAUCCCCUUACCGAAAAACCCUCGUUUGACGUCCGGUCCCCGAGCUGUCAUACCGCUACCAGUUCGCCACUAAUUGCCUCCGCCUUCUUCGUCUCCUUCAUCUUCUACUCUCAACUGACUAUCACCGCGAAUUACUACAACUACAAUCGCCCAUUCCCAAAAACACAAGCUAAUCCACCAAAAAAGCACACACUUUUCAGGAUCCCUAAUCCUCGAUUAAUUAAAAUUCACCGUCGCAGUCACCAUUACAGUAAAUUGCUAAUUGAUUAAUCCGGUUAGUUACCUGCACUUGUGCCGCUCCUUUGGAACAGAAGAUUGAAUAGAGAUGGAUGAUAUCGUGCCUGAAUACAAGAAAAGAAUGGCACGUUUUAGAAUCCAAGAACUGAAGGAUGUCCUUGGCCAACUUGGUCUUGCAAGAACCGGGAGGAAGCAGGACCUCAUGGAUAGGAUACUGACUUUGCUUUCUGAUGAAGAAGAUAUUCAUGGUCCACAAAAGAAUAAACUUAUCCGAAAGGAAGAUGUAACAAAGAUAAUUGAUGACAUUUACAGAAAAAUGCCACAUACAGGGGCAACUGAACCAAUAACAGGUGGACAUUGUGUCUCUGAUAGUAGUAGCAUUACACCAAAAAAAGAGAUUGUGGAUCAAAAAGUUCGUUGUCCAUGUGGUAGUCCACUGAAAACAGAGUUCAUGAUUCAGUGUGCAGAUCCACAAUGUCAUGUUUUACAACACAUUCCAUGUGUUAUUAUCCCAUUAGAGUCUACUGAAGAAACUCCACCUGUUUCUUCUCAGCAUUAUUGUGAAAUUUGUAGAAUCAAUCGGUGUGACCCAUUUUGGAAGAGUUUGGCUCACCCUUUAUGUCCUGUAAAGCUCAGUGUCUCAAAUGUUCCGGAUGAUGGUGAAUCACAGUUACUACAGAAUGUGGAAACAAGUUUCCAAAUUACAAGAGCAAAUGUACAUUUACUUGAGAAAUCAGGAUAUGAUGUACAGGCAUGGUGCAUUUUACUCAAUGAUAGUGUUCCAUUCAGAAUGCAUUGGCCUCAAUAUCCUGAUCUAAAAGUCAAUGGAAUUCCUGUUAAGACAAUUAAUAGGCCUGGAUCAAAGACACUUGGAGCCAAUGGUCGUGAUGAUGGUCCUUCAAUUUCGGUGUUUCUGGUGGAGGGACACAACACAAUAUCUUUAUCUGGUUCUGAUGGUCGACCUUUUUGCUUGGGUGUCAGAUUUGUGAAACAACGUACUGUUCAACAGGUUAUCAGCAUGAUUCCUAAUGAACAAGAAGGUGAAUCAUUUACUGAAGCUGUUUCCCGUGUGUGUCGUUGCAUUGGUGGAGGAAUGGCUGCUGCAAAUGAUGAUAGUGACAGUGAUUUGGAAGUUAUUGCAGAUAAUGUCACAAUUAAUCUUCGCUGCCCUAUGAGUGGGUGUAGAAUGAAAACUGCUGCUAGAUUUAAAGGAUGCAUUCACCUUGGAUGUUUUGAUCUUCAUACCCUUGUCCAAAUUAACCAACGAUCUAGAAAGUGGCAAUGCCCUAUUUGCCUAAAGAACUAUUCCUUAGAAGACAUCAUCAUCGACCCCUAUUUAAAUCGUAUCGUGAAAAUGAUGCAAGCUUGCGAUGAAGACGUAACCGAGAUUGAAGUUAAAUCCGACGGAUCAUGGCGAACGAGACUGAGUCGUCCAUUUAUGGAUCUUGAAAGAUGGCAUCUUCCGGAAGGAUCUUUAUGUACAUCUGAAUUUAAUAUUAAUUCAAAUUCAAAUAUGGAAAUCUCUGAAGUGAAAAGCGAACAUGAAGGAAAUCAAUUAGAAGAAUGUGUUGCACCUUAUGGAAGUUCUUCAUCUUCAAUCGGUGAUCCAAGUGUGAUUGUUCUUAGUGAUUCAGACGAAGACAACUGCGAUAUAGUUUCUGCUACAGAAGAUCCUAUAGUAGUUCUACCUGGUUCAUUGGAUGUUAAAGCGGAAUCUAGCCAGAUGAGUAAUGGGAGAGGAGGGUUAGGGUUAAUUGGAGGCGACCCUUUUACAUUUCCUCGGCAACCUAGGACUGUAAGAAACCAUCAUGGGACAAAAGAUGUAGCAGCAGCCGACUAAAACCAAAAGCUAAUAAUAAUAAUAAUAACAAUAGUAAUUAUUAUUAUUUAACCUAUUAUAAUUAUGCUUUAGUCUUUAGAUGUAGUUAUAAGUGAGACAAGUGUGGUUUAUAGAUGAAAGUGGAGUAGAGGUAGGUAGGUACGGGGUGGUAUAGGUUCUCAUCGUUUUUGUAAAUCGAAGGUUUGAUCAUCGGCCUCUUUUCACAAAUCUUCGUAUUUUUGUUUUUGUUUUUGGGUUAUCAAGAAAGAGCUUUGUAAAUCGUAAGUAGUAUCUGUUUUGUACAUAUGGCGCGAACUGUACCCUACCUUUUUUUAUUUUAUUUUAUUUAUUUGUGGC